AUGCAUUUACAUUUUGAAAGGAAUUCAAAUGCAAAAUGUGAUUGUGCUAUACUUUCUUUAACAUGGAUGGGUAAAGUACCCGAUGAAUUACCCGAGGAUGAAGGUUGGAAAUUAAACAGGACGAAUUAUUAUCAAGAGGGAUGGUUAGCAACUGGACAUGUUAGAGGAAUUGUCGGUGUUACUUUUACAACAUCUCAUUGUAAAAAAACCGUUGAAUAUCCACUCAGAACAAAUUAUAAUCUUCGUGGACACAGAUCAGAAGUGAUUUUAGUAAAAUGGAAUGAACCGUAUCAGAAAUUAGCAUCUUGCGAUUCGUCGGGAAUUAUUUUUGUCUGGAUUAAAUACGAAGGAAGGUGGAGUAUUGAAUUGAUUAAUGAUAGGAAUACACCUGUAACGCAUUUUGCAUGGUCUCACGAUGGUAGAAUGGCUCUUAUAUGUUAUCAGGAUGGAUUUGUUCUCGUCGGUUCCGUAGCUGGACAAAGAUAUUGGUCUUCAAUGUUAAGUUUGGAUAGUACAAUCACAUGUGGUAUAUGGACUCCAGAUGAUCUUCAAGUUUACUUUGGAACUUCUCAAGGAGGAUUAGUAGUUAUGGAUGUUCAUGGAGCAAUGGUUGCUCAAGUUUCUUUAGCUCAAGCUCCUGUUACAUCAAUGGCUUGGUCUUGUGAGAAGUUUAAAAUGGAAGAAGGAGAUGAUAAUGAAAAUGACAAUAGUAACUUAGUAUUAGCUGUUUCUUUAUCCACUGGUUAUAUUUUUCUAAUGAAAAGUUAUGAUGAUGUGUCUCCAAUACAAUUUAAUACUGGCUUAGGGGGUCCUCUCUGCAUGGAAUGGGCAAACAGUAGACAACUUCUGGCAGUUGCUGGAGUAGCUAAUCAUACCGAUAAUAAUGAUUACGUCAAUAUACUUAAAUGUUACACCGAUACAGGAGAAUUAUUGUAUUCUACUCUAAUUCCUUACUCUCAAAGUCCGGUUACUGCUCUUACCUGGGGACAUAAUGACAAACGAUUGUUUGUAGCUACAGGCGGUGUAGUUCAUAUAGCAUGGGUGUCAAGGAGAGUAGCAUCAUUACAACUUUUGAGUAGACUUAAAGUUGCAUCGGCUCUACCUUUAGGAGAAUCCUCAGUUCAAAGCUUACCUUUACCCCCGAGAAUUAAACAUUUAAUAGGAAAUUUAUUUGCUCAAACUAUUAGGUGCUGUGUCCCAGAAUCAAAGGGUUUAAGGGAAUUCGUCAGUCGAGCUCCAGUCAAUGGUACUAGACUUCAUUGUACCAUGAUUAGACAUGAUGAUGAACAUAUGAGUUCUGGGGCUUGCUACACGCUUUAUUUAGAGUAUUUGGGAGGUUUAGUGCCACUUUUAAAAGGCAAAAGAACUAGUAAAAUUCGUCCAGAAUUUGUAAUUUUCGAUCCUCAAGCUGAUAAUGAACAUAAAGAUACCUCUUACACAAAUGUUAAAGUUACGGCUAGGGGAAGUGAUACGUCAGACACAGAAAAAGAAGAUGGAUGUAGUGGAUCGCCAAGAGCUCAGAGGAGAAGAAGAAAAAGAAGAAAAAGUGUCGCCGAUCAGGAAGAUGAUUUAACUUAUGUAGAUACAUUACCUGAGGAUGCAAGAUUAGUAGAAGUUACUUCAAAUAUUUGGGGUACGAAAUUUAAAAUUCACGGGCUAGCUGACUGUGUUCCUGCAAAUCUAGGACAGGUUACUUACAAAACAUCCCUUUUACAUCUUCAGCCUAGACAGAUGAGUUUGAUAAUGACUGAAUUAAGUGACGAUAUUCUUCAUGCUCCCGAUCCAUCUUUCAAUCCGAAAGUUUUUUCAGAAGACGAAGAAGAAGAAAGAACCUCAUUGAUGGAAACAAAUUAUUCGUCUAUCACAACCGGAGGAUUAAGUGGAGCUAUUCCUAUAGCUCCCAUGACUCCCAGACGAGAUGAGCAUCGAUCAAGAUUUUUAAAUUCGAUUUUAAACAUAACAGACGGAAAUAAUUUCAUAAGGUCUCCUAGAUUUGUCUACACUAAUCCGUCUAUGUUGAGAGAACAAUCGGAACUUAGAAAAGCAUUAAUGAAUUCUAAAAAUAUUAAAGACGUCGGCGGGGGAACUCACGAAAGUGGCGAAGAAAAAUCAGUUUUUCCGGAAAAUAAAAUAAACAAUCAAAAACCGAGUACUUCUACGACAGAACCAAAUAACAUUGCUCAUUUAGAUGUUAGUGUCACUGCCUCCAAAUUUCCACCGUCCACAAUUGUAAAUGAAACUAAUAAAUUAAAUACAUAUCAAAAUAAGAGCUCCGAUGGAGAAGAAAUAAUUGACGGUAGCAAAGAAAAGAAUUUACUGGAAAAAGAUAACACGGAAAGAAAUUAUACCGAUUUAAAUUUAAAUGACGUAAUUAAUUUUUGUGAAAAUUUUAAAAUAGAAGAUAUCGAAAGUAAAAAACGUCUGAGUGUCAAAGGUCGAUCGGAAAAUACGGAAACAAGUUUUUUAAAUAAACAAGGAACUUCAAACGUAAAUAAAAUUCAAACCAAUCAAUCUCCAGUAAAUAUUAUAGCAAGUAAUGUUAAAAAUGACAGAGAAUUUCCAGAUCAAUCAUCAUCUUUAGAUGUUACAGCUCAAAAUAUUCAAAAAAUGAAAAAUGCUUUAGGAAAAUAUCUAACGGAAAAAGAAAAAUCAGACGUUGAUAAUUUGAAAUUUAUUGAUGACGACACGGAAAUAUUAAUUGAUAAAAUGAAUAGAAGUUGUUCUAUGGGUUAUUUAGACAACGUAGAUGUAGGAUUGGUACCGUGUGAACUAUCACUAAAACUAUUACAAAAAGAUUCUCCCAAAAGACUUAUACUAGUUGGAGGUUCGAGAAAGAAAAAUUCAUCGGAAAAAGAAUUGGAUGGAAAAUCCGGUUUUAAAACAUGUGGUAAAAGUAAAAGUUUAGAUUCUGGAGAAAUGUUAUUGACUAAAAAAAAUAAUACCUGUGAUGAAAAAUUAAAAGACUUUAAUAAAAAGGAUGAGAAUGCGUCUGUUGAAACGGCAACACCGAAAAACGAAUAUAAAAAUAAUAAAUUGGAUUUAGGGGAUGAUGAAAAAAUUGAAUCUUUUAAAGAAAACUCUACAAGUAGUUUAUUGGGAAAUGCAAUCGAGUCUCUUCCAGUAACACCUUCAAGACUACCAAGGAGUCAACCGGUGACACCAGCCAUGUCAAAGAAAAAACGAAAUCAAAGUUCUUCGCCGAUACGAAAACAUCUUUUAAAUUCUCCUCUUUUAAGAAGAAGAAGAGCAAAAUCAAAAGCGGAAAGUUCGGAUGAUGAUAAUGGUUUUUCCGGUGACGAAGCAUUUACCAGCAGCAGUCAUUUUAAAGAUUUGGAAACAUUUCAAAAAGCACAGCUUAGGCAAAAAUUAAAAAGAGGAAAAGUUCGAGAUGGUAAUACGACUCCGAAGGUUCGAGAAUUGGUUAUGCAUAAUAAAGCACCCAUGUGGAAUGAAAAUUCUCAAGUUUAUCAGUUAGAUUUUGGUGGAAGAGUUACACAAGAAUCUGCUAAAAAUUUUCAAAUUGAAUUCAAAGGAAAACAGGUGAUGCAGUUUGGUAGAAUCGAUGGAAAUGCUUACACGUUAGAUUUUCAGUAUCCAUUUUCAGUUUUACAAGCAUUUUCCGUUGCUUUAGCUAAUGUUACACAAAGGUUAAAAUAA